AUGUCGAAGACGAAAAAAACUGCAAAGUUCGCCCGAAAACUCUCAACAGGUAGAUUGGUUAAAAAAACUGAUGAUAGAAUCAAAGAAGAGAGUCGCGUAAUUCGCAAAAAGAAGGAAGACGAGAAUGCUGUUAAAAUUAUCAAUACACCUAAGAUUUCCACAGCGAUGUUUAUGACAUACAACACUCAAUUGGGACCUCCUUUCCAUGUCUUACUGGAUACUAACUUCUUAAAUUUCGCUGUCAAGAAUAGAAUCGAUGUUAUGACAGGGUUUAUGAACUGCUUAUAUGCCAAGACAAUCCCAUACGUAACAGAUUGUGUUAUGGGAGAAUUGGAGAAAGCUGGUCAUCGUUUCAGAAUAGCAUUGAAGAUUGUUAAGGACAACAGAUUCCAACGAUUGAAAUGCGACCAUAAGGGAACAUAUGCCGAUGAUUGUUUAGUUCAAAGAGUUACUCAGCAUAAAUGUUACAUUGUGGCAACUUGUGAUCGAGACCUGAAGAGAAGAAUUCGUAAAAUUCCUGGAGUACCCAUCAUGUAUAUAGCUCAACAUCAGUUUUCAAUCGAAAGAAUGCCAGAUGCUUUUGGAGCACCAAAGAAUUAA